UUGACUUUCACCUUUUCAGUUAAUGACGCGGCAAAUCCUUCUCUCACUUACACAAUCACCGAGGAUUUAAUCAAGGAAGCCGCAGAACUCUGUGCUCAGAUCGUGCUCGAGCAGGACACAAUGAUUGAAAUAGAAGCACCUGUGAAUGUUUGUGGCGACAUACAUGGCCAGUAUCCUGAUCUGUUACGGAUAUUCAAUCGAUGCGGUUACCCUCCAGACUGUUCCUACCUAUUCCUUGGCGAUUACAUAGACAGGUGA